AUGGCCUUCCUCUGUCCGCCGAGAUUCAAAACAUCAAAGAAGAAAAAAGAGAGCGAUUCAUUAUUUCCUCGAAGAAACUUAACUGGUAGUGACAGUCUGGAUACGCUGACUCAAGUAGGACUGGCCAAAAGAGAUGAACUUGCACCUGAAUCUCGACUGAUCAUUCUCCAAAAUUUUGUGGCAUGUGUGGAUGACGAAGUAUCAGUAAAAAAAGGUGAAAUUGUAAAUGCAUUGUACAGAGACAAUGAUUGGGUCUAUUUACUCUGCGAUAAUGACAGAGAAGGUUUUGUGCCAAUUUCCUACACUCAACCAGCAAUCCGAAAACAACAACGGAUCUUUGCAGAAGACAUUGGCUCCAGUCGGAACACAGGCUCAGCUAAAAAUGCAGGGGACACUUAUUCAGCUGAAGCUCACAUCAGUUACCAAGAAGCAAGCAUUUUCCACAAAAAAGACUGCGGAAAAUUUUUAGCUGUGUAUGACUUUAAUGCGGUUGAUGACAAUGACAUAACAGUGGAAUGUGGUGACAUUGUAACUGUCCUCAACAUGGAUGAUCCUCUUUGGUUUUGGAUCAUUAAAGACUGCAAACAGGAAGGAUUUAUUCCAGCUGCUUAUCUUGUACCAAUUGUUCACACUGACCCUUCCGGUAAAGGUGUUUGA